CUUUCUCAAAGCGGAAACCACUCGUUGUUAAUCUUCCGGUUUCCCUAAGCAGCAUGGCGAACUCGAGGCAGGCUGAAGACGACCAAAAACACGUGAGAACUAGUGAACUCCCUGAAGUUCGGACUCAUGUCCAGUCGGCCGAUGUACCCCUCAUACCGGGCAAGGCGGGCGAAGCCCUGUGCACGAUCCCGUCAUUUGCCGCCGCUUCCGCGCUGCUGUCAGCGCCGUACUCGUGUUUGGUCAUGAACACGCACAGGAGACACAUCGCCCUGCCAGCUAUGUACCUGAACAAGAAGAAGACCGGGAUAAAGUUGGAGCUGGAUGCGGAAUUGCUCAAGUUCUCCCAGAGUAUGAAAGGAGUACCUUUAGCCUACGACAGCACCAGGAUACUGGGCCAGUACGGAGACAUUUAUGACGACAGCGGCUACAUCCACAUGGACAUAGAGGCCAACUUUAUUGUCUUCCGACCCAAAAAAGGACGGAAACUUCUGGGUACGGUGAAUAAACUAGGAGUAAAUCAUGUGGGGUGCCUGGUGCAUGGCUGCUUCAACGCCAGCAUCCUGAAACCCAACCUGGUCUCUGUAGAAACCUGGAGGGACGCUGGACCGAGGGUCGGAGCAGCGCUGGAAUUUGAGGUGACUGCUCUGGACGCUGACACUGCUGGAGUCCUGCUGAUCAGAGGACGACUGGAGGGGACUAGGGUCCAAGAGCUGAUGGCUUUAGCUGAGAGUUCAGAGUGCGGCAUCCCUGCAGACCAGCCAGAUGCACCGGGCACAGAACCCACCCCAGAACCCACAGAGGGAUCUUCUGACAAGACCCCGAAGAAAAAGCAGAAAAAGAAGAAAGACAAAGUCAAAGAGGAAGAGACAGAGGAAGAGGUAAUGCCCUCAUACCUACAGGAUGGCAACACAACACUGGAGCUAAAUGGAAACAUAGUCAGUGAGAAAAAGCAGAAAAAGAAGGAGAAACGGCUGAAAGAGGAGGUGGAGCUUUCUCCCCUGGAGGUGCACGGGAGCGACUCCAGCGGCUACAUCAGCGACAAGCCCAGCAAAAAGAGGAAACAUGAAUCUGGUAGUGAUGUCACAUCUGGUUUUAGAGAAGACCUUGAUCUACCAAAACCCAAGAAGAAGAAGAAAAGUGAUAUUGAAAAGUUUGCCUGAAAAAUGGAUCAUAUAUUCUUUGGAAUUCAGGUAAUUGUAUGCAGUGAUUGAGGUGAUACCCAACAUCGUUAAUGACACUGGUGGAGUAACUGACGUGUCGUAACACAAGAUUUCUGUAGAGACAUUUUGUAGAGUGUGGAUGAGCACAAAAGAGGAUAAAUGCAGGCUUGACAGAUCAGUCCUUACUGGAUUGCAAUUCCCUUAUGCUGCCUGAUGAGGGAGCUCAACGGCUGCAUACAUCUACAGUAGAAAACAAAAAUACAGGAGUUCAGCCUUGUCAACUCCAUCUGUUGGCAUGAGAGGCCAGGUUUGUGUACCAGAUAUGGAGCCAGUGGGACAAAAAUAAACUGAUGCAAGACAACCAAACUCAUUUCAAGAAACAUGUUUUUCUUACCUCUUGUGCCUCUGUGAAGUCUUUGACAGGACCAUGUUGAUGAAGGCUACAAGGGAACAAGAAUAUUUUUUUACUACCUAAUAUUCACAAUUUUCCACCUGAAUCACAGUAUGGAUCAUAAUGACAAACAGUGCAUUCAUUAAUAAUGUUUCACUGAUGUUUUUCAGUGCUGCAUGAACCAGUUUUCACAUGGUAUUUUUUUGAUGAAGAACCAAAAGAUAAGGAAAGCAAAUAUUAAAAUUUUCACUCCAAUUAGAGUUCUGUAUUUUGAUCCAUUUAAAAUGUUAACUCUUUGAUGCUGACCAGUGGGUGUCAAGUGAUAAAGUGCUGAGAGACACUCUGAAGAAAAGUGUGUUUUCUUUACCCCCACUUCCACACACAAACGUAACAACCCCCCCUACCUUUCAGUGGGGAGUCUAAUUAGCUGUGAGGUGCAAAGAGUUUGAGAGCUUAUCAGGGGCUGUCUAAAGAGGAUAGAUAAGGAGCUGCAAUUAACUGGGCUCAUCUUUGUCACUCCUGAUCAUAUGUUUCUGUCAGUGAGGUCAGCUGCUCCAUUGUGCCUCUUAUCAAAAUUCUUUGUUUCUUUUCAAAAAAGCAUUUCCCAUAUUAGAACAGAACUUUAGCCAAAAAGAGGACUGUUGCAGGGCUUGUCAGAAAAGUAAUUAUCGGUGUUAUUUGUUUUAAACUAGCUGUUGUCCUUGACAAUUAUGAUUAACAUUUAUAACUGCAGACUUAAGAUGAGAAGUUUCACAUCUGUAUGGUAAAUAUGAAGCUAUUGUAGCAUAAAGACUGCAAACAGCCAGCCUGGCUGGGUUACCAAGAGAUAUAGAUGCGUGUGUAUACUCUCCGGCCACUUUAUUAGGUACACCUGUACAAUUGUAUGCAAUUCAAUGCAACAUGCUCUCUAUAUUUCUGUCCGUGAUCUCCCUACUGUUGUUAUAUACACCAGUGGUGUAACAAAUAAGACCUGAGUGCUUCUAGUAAUAAAUUGAAUGU